AUGAGGCUGUCUUGUGAAUGUUUUAUCUACUCCAUCAAUCGAGAAAUUCACCAGGGCCAUUUGGAAGAAAAUGUAUUCCAGGAGAGCCUACCAGGAAGGAAUUUGUUUGGGCACCAGGGCUACCUGUGGUGUUUCAGGUUGUUUUCUGAGAACCCUACACCUUACACUCUGGGUACCUCCAGAUCAUCAGUUACUCGAUGUAAACCAGGGGCCAACUACCCCAGUUCCCACAGUGGUAUCAGUAGACAACUCUCCCCUCUUUCUGUCACUGAAGAUUCUUCUGCUCCUAUUUUUGAACUUCAAAGCCGAGGAUCCUCUGGAGUUUGCGGACACAGAGUCGAAAGGCAGAACAGAUCAGGGGAGGAUGGAACACAGACUCUUCCUGAGAACAGCAGUCAAGAAAACAGAAGCAAGGCUCGCUGCCAGUCCUGCACGUCCAUGGUCCUGAAGGCUGUCUGGGGACUCUUGAUCAUCUUGUCAGUGUCAUCAUCUUGGGUUGGAACCACACAGAUUGUAAAAAUUACUUACAAGAACUUCUACUGUCCAUUUUUCAUGACUUGGUUUUCAACAAACUGGAACAUUAUGUUUUUCCCAGUCUAUUAUUCCGGUCAUCUGGCCACUGCUCAAGAAAAACAAUCUCCGAUGAAAAAAUUCAGGGAAUGCAGUCGGAUUUUUGGUGAAGAUGGUCUGACAUUGAAGCUCUUUCUUAAAAGAACUGCUCCCUUUUCUAUUCUAUGGACUUUGACUAAUUACCUGUAUUUACUGGCUUUAAAGAAGCUGACAGCCACGGAUGUCUCUGCUCUGUUCUGUUGUAACAAAGCCUUUGUCUUCUUGCUGUCGUGGAUCGUGCUGAAAGACAGGUUCAUGGGAGUAAGGGUAAUGGCACACUUGAUUCAAUGUGUGAGGACACCCAUAAUCGUAAAUCCUUGGCAUCGGGAGAGCUCCUCUGUUUCAUGGAAUUUCUGUCAAACUUUCCCCAUUGGUUCUGAGUACAAAUUGGAAUUUGAAGAUGCAUUAGGACACCCAGGCAAUUACCAUAUCAUGAAAGGAUAA